UUCGGAUAUUUCGGUUUUAAAUGUACGGUUCGCUACUCUUUUCUUUCCGGUUUAGUAGAACCCUACUUUUAGUUUUUGUCUCUUUCUCUCAUCCUGUUCUGUCUCUUGUCGUGAAAUAAAAUGUUUCCGACGCUCCGUCGCGCCAUGUUUCUCCGUCGAUUUCCGACGGUGAUUUCUCCGGCGAAAAGGGCUUUCAGCAGUAAAUUUUCCGAUGAAAUAGAUCUCCGAAUAUUAAAUGAGCUGAAUCAGGAAAUGCAAUCAAUCUUUGGAGCUGAACCUCCUGCGACUAUGGAUUACCCUGAGUUGAAUUCCAGUAUUGGAUCUCUGGAAUUUACAAAACCGGAGAGUUCUAGGCAAUAUGAACAACCUCCCAAAGAUAUGUCUAAGCUAACCCAUGUCGGCGUCUCGGGGGAAGCUCAGAUGGUGGAUGUUUCUUCAAAGGACAAUACUAAGAGAACCGCAUUGGCUUGCUGUAAAGUCAUUCUAGGCAAAACAGUUUUCGAUUUGGUCUUAGCCAACCAAAUGGGGAAAGGAGACGUUCUCGGAGUGGCCAAGAUCGCUGGCAUCAACGGAGCUAAACAAACCAGCAGUUUGCUCCCACUGUGUCAUAACAUUGCUCUUACGCAUGUUCGCGUUGACUUGAGAUUAAACCCUGAGGAUUUUAGUGUUGACAUUGAAGGAGAAGCUUCUUGCACUGGCAAAACCGGAGUUGAGAUGGAAGCUAUGACUGCUGUGUCAGUUGCCGGGUUAACUGUUUACGACAUGUGCAAGGCUGCUUCCAAAGAUAUCAGCAUUACAGAUGUGAGGCUUGAGCGUAAAACUGGUGGAAAGAGUGGGUAUUGGUCUAGAGGCGAGUGAACACAGCCCAACACUUGUCUCCGUAUAGCUAUGGAGAUUACGCGUAGACAAAGCUAUGGCUUGCCUGGACCAGGAUAACCGGUCUCAGAAAAAAAUUUGGUUGAUGAACCAACCGGUCAAGUACGUCUUGUGUGAAGUACUAUAUUUUUACCACUUGGACCUUAAAUAUUUUGCCUAAAUGUAGUUUUAACUACCAUUUUUAUUCCUAAUGGCAUUCCGAUAUUCAAUA